AGAAACAGGAAAAUACCAGUGGCGUACACUCGAUCGACCUACGAAUAGAGAACCAUACAAAAAUAUACAAAACUGUACGAUUAUUCAAAAACUGUACAUAGGAAAUUGUAUGAUUAUUCAAAAACUGUACAUAGGAUUGAAUUCAUACUAACAUGGUAAAGUUGAGGGGGUAGUCAGAAACAGGAAAAUACCAGUGGCAUACACUCGAUCGACCUACGAAUGGAGAACCAUACGAAAAUAUACAACACUGUAGAGUUAAAGUUAGUUAGAGUUGCACAUGCAUGGACUAAGGCUUCAAAAUCAAAAAAUGUCACAGGCCUUUUAAUAGAAAAAUGGGAGAAGAGCCGAAAAAUGGUUUAAUAUCUAGAAAUGUUAGUGAAACACGGAUUUGCAAAAAAAUCCUCGAAAAUUGAAUACGUAGGUACUUUAGGCAUCUUUUCACCAGCCUUAAAUUUAUAAAAUAAUGGCUUAGGAUUCAGAAUCUCAAGAUUUUAACUUUUUUAAGUAUUUUCCAUAGUCUAAUUUCGGAAAGAUGGUAUCUCCUUAUUAACCUCAGUUCACUGGUAUUUAUUUGGUUUUUACUCGACUUAAUGUUUAAUAUGGCAGGUGCAUUUUCAUGUAAAUUCCUAACUAAAGACAUCUAUUCUAUCCAGUCCCCACUUGCAUCAUUUAUAGAUGUGUUCAGGAUUGCCAAUUUAUAUGGAAUCAGUUGCCUCAUUAUAUUCAACAAUCUCUUAUCAAUUAAGUAAAUAUAUCUUACGUAAUCCAAACUAUUUCAAAUUUUAACAAAUUAAAAAUAAACUUGAACAAUAGAUAAGAUAUUAUCAUUAUAUUGGGUAAAUAAAUCAAUGUGAUUGAAAACACUUAUUAGGAUGAUCAAAUACAAUACGAAAACCUAAAAUAAUAAUACUUGAACAUAUAAGUAGCAGUAGUAUAAGAAGUAGAUGAAGCUGGAAAUAUUUAAAAAAAAAAACAUUGCGUGUCAUGAAUGAUUGAUUAUAAGCGGCAAGAAAAUGUUUGGCCUUCAAAGAAAAUAAAAAUGGGACGUGCGCAUCAGCUGGACCAUCCAACAAAAUUGUUUAAUCUAUUAUAGUCCAGGAGACAGUGACGAUUUUCGGUAGGUAGUGAUAAAAAGAGUUCUAAUCGUAAGAGGUGUACUGGAGUUACGUAGAAAAAUAAUCUGGCUAAUCUGCGAGUAUGGAUAAUACGUCUGGCAAGUCGUGCAAAUGUAUCAGAUGAUGGCUUAUAUCAUAAUAACAGCUUAAAAUACAAUCUGGCGAAUUUGGAACACUCCGAAAGCCUUGCCAGACUCGUCUCAUGAUCGUCAUCAGCUAAAUCCUAUCGGAAACCCUAAUCCACCUUCAAUUUAUUCAGAAAUGUAUUUGGCAUACAAUGGAGAAUUAACGUUUUUUGAGCGCAUAAAAAGUACUCUCUAUUUCUUAUGGCAUAGACUCUAUGUGCAUUUUGUAGCUAUGCCUCAUAGUGACAAAAUUGCUAGAAAAUACCUUGGCCAAGAUAUUCCAUAUUUAGCAGACAUAGAGUAAAAUGUAUCUGCUUUAUUUUUAACGAUUAACCCAAAUAGUUUACACUAAUCGGCCAAUGGUACCAACAGUGAUUCCUUUGAGUUUUUUGCAAGUGGAACCAGUAAAACCUCUACCAAAAGAUCUCGAAGACGAAAUUGAAAGUGCCAAAAAUGGGGUGGUAUAUUUCAGUUUAGGUACCAUUGUAGAAAGUCAGUAUUGAUGAAACUAUUCGUCAAAUGAUUAUUGAAGCUUUGGCCGAGUUGCCUUACAAGGUUUUGUGGAAGUUUGAAAAUGAUAUUCUCACUGGAAAACCAAAAAAUGUGAUUAAAAGAAAGUGGAUGCCUCAACAAGAUAUUUUAGCUCAUCCUAAUGUUAAAGUAUUCAUCACCCAAUUCGGACUACAGUCUAUUGAGGAAGCUGUAGACAGGGAAAUGCCUUUGGUGGGAAUUCCUUUUAUUUCUGACCAAGAAAUGAAUGGGAAAAGAUUGGUAGAAUGGGGAGUUGCCAAUCAAAUAGACUAUAGAAACACAACUAGAGACGAAAUAGUGAAGGCGAUCAUAGAAGUUGCUGAAAAUCCAAUUUACCGUCAAAACAUGAGAAAAGUGAAACAAAUAAUGAAAGACGAACCAAUGACGGGGACAGAAAGGAUGAUAUGGUGGAGCGAGUAUGUCAUCAGACAUAAAGGGACCAACCACUUGAAAAGCCCCACCGUUGACAUAGAAUGGUACAAAUAUUUAUUGUUAGAUGUUUUUGCGGUGAUUGUUGGUAUCCCUUUAUUAAUCCUAAUAAUUAUUGUUAAAUUAUUACUAAACACACUUAAAAGUAGACACAGUAAGCGUAAAAUUAAGAAAAAUUAA